UUCAGUGUGUUUCUCGAUAGUGACUACCAGGCAGAGUUUAACUAAAUAUAUAAAUAACUGAAAACACAAAACACAAGUAAAAAUAAAUUACCGAAAUGGCGGAAGGAAAAGCAAGACGUGUUGCCCAAACAGAAGAUUUAUCAAACGUUGAAUUUGAAACCAGUGAAGAUGUUGAAGUUAUCAAUACGUUUGAUAAUAUGGGACUGCGUGAUGAAUUAUUACGUGGGAUUUACGCUUACGGUUUUGAAAGACCAUCUGCUAUUCAACAGAGGUCCAUAAAACCUAUGAUGAAAGGCCGAGAUGUGAUAGCACAAGCUCAAUCCGGUACUGGUAAAACUGCAACUUUCUCUAUUGCCAUUCUCCAGUCCCUGGACACUCAAAUCCGGGAAACACAAGUCCUAGUUCUCUCGCCGACUCGUGAGUUAGCGGUUCAGAUCCAGAAGGUAAUUCUUGCUCUAGGAGAUUUUAUGAAUGUCCAGUGUCAUGCUUGUAUUGGUGGGACUAACCUCGGAGAGGAUAUCAGGAAGUUGGAUUAUGGACAACACGUUGUCUCUGGAACUCCUGGGCGUGUUUUUGAUAUGAUCAAGAGGCGAACACUCAGAACCAGAGCCAUAAAGAUGCUAGUACUUGACGAGUCUGAUGAAAUGUUAAACAAGGGAUUUAAGGAACAAAUUUACGAUGUGUAUCGUUAUUUACCUCCAGCGACACAAGUUGUGCUUGUAUCUGCUACGUUACCACACGAAAUUCUUGAAAUGACUUCCAAGUUUAUGACUGAUCCUAUUCGUAUUCUCGUUAAACGUGAUGAGUUGACACUCGAAGGAAUAAAGCAAUUCUUCGUAGCAGUAGAACGUGAGGAAUGGAAGUUUGAUACAUUGUGUGAUUUAUAUGACACAUUGACCAUUACCCAGGCUGUUAUUUUCUGCAAUACUAAACGCAAGGUCGACUGGCUUACAGAGAAGAUGCGAGAGGCUAAUUUUACAGUUUGUUCAAUGCAUGGAGAUAUGCCUCAGAAAGAGCGUGAUAACAUUAUGAAAGAAUUCAGAUCUGGACAGAGCCGUGUUUUAAUUACAACAGACGUCUGGGCACGUGGUAUUGAUGUUCAACAAGUAUCAUUAGUUAUAAAUUACGACUUGCCCAACAACCGUGAGUUAUACAUCCACCGAAUAGGCAGAUCAGGUCGUUUUGGACGUAAAGGUGUCUCUAUAAACUUUGUCAAGACUGACGACAUUCGUAUUCUCCGGGAUAUUGAACAAUAUUAUUCAACGCAAAUUGAUGAAAUGCCGAUGAACGUCGCUGAUUUAAUUUAAACAUUUUCUAUCACUCUGAUAACACUAAAAAUAAUUAAUCACUUAAUUAUUAUCACUAAUUGUAUUUUUAAUGAACUUACAGUUUCAACUGUGGUAAAAAAUUCCAACAAAUAUAUGUCUAGAGAUAAAAUUAUCAACUUAUGUAUAAUCAAGUAUUUAAUUUAAUAUGUAUUGUAUUGAAGUUUUUUUAUAAUUAUCAUUUCUUCUUUUUUUUUUUUUUAAUGUUAAAUCAGAUGUUUAUGUGCUUUAGGAAAUAUUGUAAUUUCUAAGGUGGAGAAUUAAAAAUAUUUGGAGUAAAAAUUAA